AUGAGUGAACAGGGAGAAGAGGAAAGUAUAGAAGUAGUCCAGGAUGUUGAAGAGGAGGACGAAAAUGACGAAAUUGAUGCCGAGUACGACGAAGAGGACGAAAUGAAGGCGAGAAAAAAACAAAAAGUCAGCCACGGGGAAAUGGAGGGUGAGGAGGAAGAAGGGGAAGACGAUGAGAAGGAUGAUGAAGCAGACGAGGAAGUAGAUGAAGAGGAGGAGGGCGAAAAGGAUGGUGAAGAAGUUGACGAAGAAGAGGAAGAAGGGCAGGAGGAAGACGACGACAUGGAGGAGGAUGACCUGGAUGACGAUGAAAUUGAUGAGGAAGAAGAACAAGACGAUGACGACGAUGAAAAUGACGAUGAAAAUGACGAUGAAAAUGAAGAUGAUGAUGAUGAUGACGAAGAGGACGACCUCGAGGAUGAAGAAGAUGACGAAGAUGAUGAGGAGGAGGAAGAUGAAGAAGAUGGAGAUGACCAGGUGGAGGAGGAUGACGAAGGAGACGCGGUCGACGACGGCGCGGAUGAAGACCCCUACAUGUUGAAAGACGCAACGUACAUCCAAAAGAACGAGCUAUGGAGAAACCGACAGAGAGUGCUGAUCGUGAGGUCGCCGCUGAAGAAAAAAAACUGCAAAUCGUUCGUCGAAAAUUUAAAGCUAUUGUUGCCGCAUCAUAAGACGGAAAGCAAGUGGAACAAAAAGGCCAAAAAAAGUGACCUAUGUGACAUAAGCUACAGCAGAAACUGCAAUAACAUAAUCUUUUUCGAUAUAAAAAAAAAAAGAUAUUGUUUGUGGAUAUGUAAAAAUAGAACGGGACCUUCCCUAUAUUUUGAGAUCUUGGAUUAUAUCCCCCUGCACAGUUUACUCUUUUCUGGAAACUGCCUACUCUAUUCAAGGCCGCUUCUAAUUUUUAGUAAGCCAUUUGACGAAUUGGAGCACCUAAAGUUAAUAAAGGAGGUUUUCAUUCAAGUGUUUGGGACACCCAACUACCAUCCGCUAAGCAAACCCUUCUACGAUCACUGCUACUCUUUUGUGCAUGUGAAUAAUCUUAUAUACUUUAGACAUUACCAAAUAAUGCCCAUCACAUUGGCAGAUUCUAACAAUGUGAAUAAACAGAAGUUGGUGGAAAUUGGGCCCAAGUUUACCCUACAUAUUAUACGCAUCUUUGAGGAGUGUUUCAAAGGGAGGGUUCUGUACGAAAAUGUCAAGUACAAGAAUUAUGUUUCCCCGCAGCAGAUGCGCAUGAAAAAGAAUGCCCAUAAGAAAAUGCAGAAUUUAAAGAAGAAAAAGAAGAUUCUUAAAAGGAUGAAGUUUAUCCGGACGCCGAUUAAGAGGGACAUAGACUAUUAG